GCGUACUGUGCGGAGCAGGCUGGGAGGGACGACACAGUACCAGACACAGACAGCAAGUCGCUAUGUUUAAAGGGUGCCAUAAACUGCUGCUUUAUUUAACGUAUUUUCGCAGAACAAGACAGUGACAGGGGCCGUGGUGGCUGUCAGCGUGUGCUGGUGCAAGCUUGGUGCCUGCCGGGAGGUGCCAAGUGCAGUGCCACCAAGGCUAAUAUUGGUAAGAAACCGGCCCACCACUUGUCCAGCCAGCUAAUUUGCACAGUCUGAUGUAACAGGCGGUAACUGUGAUAGUGUUGUUACAUGUCACCCACAACAACAACACAGGGCUGUCAGAAUCUCUUGUUCAAGGAUUCUUCUGAAGAUUCAGUUAUUAAGAUUGUGGAUUUUGGGUUUGCACGGUUGAUGCCUGACAAGGAAAAGGAUGGCAGCAUGAAGACACCGUGCUUCACUCUUCACUAUGCAGCACCAGAAGUGUUGCGGCAAGCAGUGCAGAAGGGAGCAAAUGGCUAUGAUGAAACAUGUGACUGGUGGAGCUUGGGUGUGAUUCUGUACACAAUGUUGUCAGGGAGAGCCCCAUUCCAGUCAAGAAGUAAAGAUGACACCUCAGCACCAAUCAUUGAUUGCUCGGAUAAAGGAUGGAAGUUUUGACGUGUCAGGACCAGAAUAGGUCUGUCUCCUCACAGGCUAACAAACUUAUCAAAGGGUUAUUGACAGUAGAUGCUUCAAGGCGUCUCACCAUCACUGAGUUGCUGCAGGAUGAGUGGCUUCAGGGAGGCCCUCCUUAUUUAUUUUCAGCAACUCCCCUCACGACACCCACUAUACUCGCUUUUCAUGCAUUCCACAUGGCAACUAGGGAAGAAUUUUGCUUACUAGUAAGUUUGAUUGGAGUUCAUGAUAAAAAUUCAAACAUAUUGGAGUCUAAGAGGCUGUAGUGGAAGUUACUGGGGUUUUCAAGGGUGUUUUCAUGAUUCCAGUGAUAGUUUAAGAGGUUUAACAGGCUGUAGUGGAAGUUACUGGGGUUUUCAAUGGUGUUUUCAUGAUUCCGGUGAAUUUAAAAGGCUGUAUACAUUUAAUUAGAAAGAAAAAUAGUGUUUAUUACCAUGAUUAGAGAGAGAGAAAGUGCAUUAAUCUUUAGUAAACAAACAAGCAAAUCCUGUUAGCUGUAUAUUAAGUAAACAUUCCAUUAGUGUUUAAGAACAAAUUAUAUUAGCACAACUGAUCAAAUGUGCAGUAUCAGUAAGGCUGUAUUCCCAAACACGCCCACACCCGCUUGCCUGACUGUCAGUGUUUAAUUAAAAAGUUAUUGGGGUUUUCAAGGGCGUUUUUCAAGAAGUUAUUGGGGUUUUCAAGGGUGUUUUUCAUGGUUCUAUUGUUAAACAGGCUGUAAUGGAAGUUACUGGGGUUUUCAAGGAUGUUUUUCAUGAUUCCAGUGAUAGUUUAACAAUUAUUCUGCCUCACCAGUGGAAAACAACCGCCCCUAAUAGCCUGACCAACCGUGUGUGGCCUUGCAGAACAGAGAGAGAGAGAGAGAGAGAGAGAGGUGGGUGUUGUUUGGGAGUGCUAACCAAGAAAUGAUCUUAGUAAUGACAGAUACUUAAUCAAGUAUAUAUAUAUUUUUUGUGUGCCUUUCCCCUGUUGUAUUUGUGUUUAUUUGAGACGGGCAGGAGAAAUUGUUUACCCUCGUCUGCAAACUCUCUUCUCAGGAUGUAAUCUCACCUUACCUUAAUAAAAUGUUGAUUAUUA